AUGUCAGGAGUGCUUCUGAUACUCCGUGUUGUUUAUAUCAGUUGCGUUUGGUAUUCAAUAAACAAUGUUGUUGCUUCUGCUCGGAUAAGGAUAUUAGAGUUACCACUAUCAGGGUCUGACCUACAUGACAGUGUUCCGGAAAAACAGGUUUUUGGAUCUUGUAUGCUUUUGGAUCAUCAUGAUAAAUACUUCUUUGGAGCUAUUCAGUGUUGUGGAAUUGAACGAUUUGUAGAAGCCUUCAGUCCUUUGGCGAGUAUAGGCGCGCACCUUAGAUGCAACACAUUCUACAUGUCAGUUGAUUAUGCAUCAAAGUUAUCGUAUUAUCCCAACAAGGGAGUAUGCGGGAUACCAGAAAUUUUCGAUGAUGAGUAUCAGUUAAAUCUCAAAGUCGACCAACUUGUUAGUUUAGUUCGCCAGUCUAAUUAUGUAGUUGUACACACUGGGGCUGGCAUUAGCACUUCAGUAGGAAUACCAGACUUCCGAGGUCCUAAUGGUGUGUGGACGUUAGAUAAGCUAGGAAAAAAACCAAAGUUAUCUGUUCCUUUUGAAAAGGCUGUCCCUUCUUUGGCACAUCGAGCACUAGUUGAGUUGGAGAAAUAUGAUUUGAUUAAGUUUUUAGUCACUCAAAAUAUCGAUGGACUACAUUUAAGAUCUGGCUUCCCAAGAGAUCGUCUAGCUAUUUUACAUGGGGACAUGUUUCUUGAAUCAUGUCGUUCUUGCGGAACCAUGUACGCUCGUUCAACACCUUCUGAAACAAUAGGUUUGCGACAAACAUCGGUUUCAUGCACCUAUUCUAAGCCAAAUAAACGGUAUUGCAGGGGCAAACUGCAUGAUACUAUUCUUGAUUGGGAAGAUGAUCUUCCAGAAUUAGAUUAUAAUCUGGCAAUAGAACAUUCAAAAAAGGCUGAUCUUCAUAUAUGUAUUGGAUCGUCGUUACAAAUGUUCCCGGCUGCAGGUCUCCCACUCUUAAAUCUUCGUCGAACUGCAAGAUGUAGAAGAAGCAAUAACUGUAGUUCUUCCGAUUCAAGUGAUCACAAAAAGGGAGAUUUCGCAGAGAAUAUUAGCCCGAAAUUAGUCAUUGUUAAUUUACAGCCUACAAAACUAGCCAAAUAUGCGACCCUAAACAUUAAUGCGCGGGCUGACACGGUGAUGGGAAUCUUGUGUGAAAAAUUGGGUAUAUCACUUCCACCAGAGCCUAAAAUUUCAACCGAUGAGUUCUACCCUCCAACGAUUGUCUUAAGGUCAAUUCACUCCACGUUAGAAACACCAAGUGUUUGGCGUAUUCUUCCUCAUCCCAAUAAUGAACAUACUAUCCAAAUUAUUGAAGCUAAUGAUCAUUGUAUAAAACUAAAGUUAAAAGAUGAAGGUCAAGGAGAUUGUUUACAGUCUGCAACCAAGUUGGAUGAACUGAAGUGUGCUGAUUCAUUAAAAACACCUAUUCAUCUUGCAUGUAAAGCUGAAUCCACAUUGUGA